AGAAACGAUAUAAAUUGUAUUCCACUGCCAAAACCACUUUGGACUACCCCUCAUUCAUUCCAUAGUUAACCAUUAUGGCACCAGCCAGACCAAACUUUCUGAUUAUCAUUGCCGAUGACCUUGGGUUUUCCGAUGUGGGAUGCUUUGGUGGUGAAAUCAAGACUCCCAACCUCGACUCGCUCGGAAGAACUGGUGUCCGGUUCAAGGAUUUCCAUGCUGCAGCUGCAUGCUCUCCAACCCGAGCUAUGCUCAUGAGCGGCACAGAUCACCAUCUCACAGGUCUUGGACAGCUGGUAGAAUUUACCAGUAACAGCCCAGCACAUCAAGGAAAGCCAGGUCAUGAAGGCUACCUUACCGAUAACGUUGCAACAUUGCCUGAGGUUUUGCGAGAUGGAGGAUACCAUACCAUCAUGUCAGGAAAAUGGCAUCUUGGUUUACGUCCCGAGUACUCUCCUAACGCUCGUGGCUUUACGCGAGCGUUCACCUUACUACCCGGUUGCGCUAACCACUAUGGCUGGGAGCCUCAAAUUGAAGAAAAUGGGAUAUCACCUAAGUUCUUCGAUACCGCUGUAGCUGCCUUACACAUGGAAGAUCGCGAAUAUGUCGAUAACUCAAAGUUGCCGGAUGACUUUUACUCUACUGAUCACUACACCAACAAGCUUCUGCAGUAUUUUGAGGAGCGACCUACAGACAAGCCAUUUUUUGCCUAUCUGCCUUAUUCAGCCCCACACUGGCCUCUGCAGGCACCCAAGGAAAAUUCCAGUCGGUAUAAAGGGGUAUAUACGGAUGGCCCUGAAGCUCUAAGACAAAAACGUCUCCAAGGACUCAUUCGGGAAGGUCUUGCUUCAGCGGAUGUGAAAGCGCACCCCGUCGUAGCACCAGGUUCGAAUGAGUGGGAAGACAUGGAUGACAUUACACGCGCCAAGUCAGCAAAGGCAAUGGAGGUAUACGCCGGAAUGGUGGAUCGCAUGGAUGAGAACAUUGGAAAAGUCAUCACCUAUCUCAAGGACAAUGACUUGUAUGACAACACUAUGAUCUUUUUUGCCUCAGAUAAUGGUGCUGAAGGAGCAAGUUAUGAGAUGUUACCUGUGAUAGGCGACAAUAUCACUGCUCAUAUCGAGAAGUAUUACAACAACUCACUGGACAAUAUCGGACAAAAGGAUAGCUUUGUGUGGUAUGGCUCGCGCUGGGCACAAGCAGCAACAGCGCCAUCUAGACUGUUUAAAAUGUUUUCGACAGAAGGAGGUGUUCGGGUACCUCUCAUCAUGAAGCCGCUCGGUUCUGGUAACCCUAGCAUUUGUGACGAGUUCUGUACCAUGAUGGAUAUUAUGCCUACCCUUCUGGAACUUGCUGGAAUCGAGAAGCCAGGUAGUACUUAUAACGGUCGGUCAGUAAACAGUAUGCGAGGCUCGUCUUGGGUGCCAUAUCUCAAUGGGUCAGCAGAACAUAUCCACGACGACGACCAUGUUACCGGCUGGGAAUUGAUAGGAAACGGAGCUCUUCGCAAAGGAAACUGGAAAAUCAAUUUUGUAAACAAGCCUUUCGGGCCUGAAGCUUGGCAAUUAUACAACUUGUCUGUCGACCCGGGCGAGACCACUGAUCUUGCCGAACAAGAACCAGAAAAGCUAAAGGAGCUGAUUCAUCACUGGCAGCAAUAUGCUCUGGAAACUCAGGUGGUUGGUCUCAAACCGGAUCUAGGCACUAUUGUAGUGCGAGAUGAAAUGGACGACCCUACCAAGUGGAUGAAAUAUGAAACCAGCAGCGGAAUUUCUAAACAGUUAAAAAAUGAACGCGCCGCAGCAAAAGUCAUAGAUGAGCAUUUUAUAUAAGGAUUAUGUUGCUUUUAUAAAAUCAAAUACAACCAAUGCAUUGUACCAAUUCUCCC